CACGGUCAACCCGCCAGCACAUGAUCGGCUUCUCUCUCUUUACCGUCGAGGGCUAAAUCCGUAAAAUUCCACGCUCGUACACUUCACGUUCUUUCACUUCCUCUCCUUCAAAUAUUCAAAGAGCCACAAACAGAAAGAGAGAAAGAAAGCGCGAGAAAAUAUCAAUAUUUUCCCGGAAAAAAAAAAUCUUGGCAACCAAACAGUCCAUUCAAUUCCUGUAGAGAGAGAAAUUGAGAUGGGGAGCUUCCAUGCGAAGUACUCCUCUGCGUCCGUACUGCUUUGUUUCUGCAUUUCGUCGAUCAUCACCGUCGUGGUGAUCUGCGGCCACCAUUUCGAUUCUCCGGUGAUAAUAUCCGACUCCAAACAAGAUCGGUACAGUCCUGUAUGGAUUCCGGUGGUUCAGCUCCGAAGCAAGCUCAAGGGAGCGUAUCAUCGCCUCGCCAUCUCGGAUGAUCCAUCCAGUACUAUUCAACGAUUUCACAGCAACGACUUCGUAAAUCAGACGUCACUAAGACACAAAAUCCCCAAACGGAAAGCGAGCGGAGCGCAAAAGCUGGAGCAGGGACUCGCCCGAGCGCGAGCUUCAAUUCGCAGAGCAGCUUCGAGUCCGAACAGUUCGUCAACACCAAACGACGACGUACUAUUUCCCGGUGGAUCAGUCGUGUAUCGUAAUCCCGGCGCGUUUUAUCAGAGCUACACUGAAAUGGAGAAAAAAUUCAAAGUGUACGUGUACUCGGAGGGGGACCCACCGAUGACCCACGACGGCCCAUGCAAGGACAUAUAUUCCAUCGAAGGGCGGUUCAUACACGAAAUGGAGAAUGGGGCAGCGGGCAGGAGGUUCAAGACCGAGAACCCGCAGAGGGCGCAUGUUUACUUCAUGCCCUUUAGCGUGACUUGGAUGGUGAAAUACCUAUACAAGCCCUUAACCUACGACCUCACCCCUCUGAGGAACUUUGUGUCCGAUUAUGUAAGGAUGGUUUCAGUGAGGCACCCCUUUUGGAAUAGGACUCUUGGGGCGGACCACUUCAUGCUCGCCUGUCAUGAUUGGGCACCCCGUGCGUCAGAAGGAAACCCACUUCUCUUCAACACAUCAAUCCGAGUCCUCUGCAACGCCAACACCUCCGAAGGCUUCAACCCUCAAAAGGACGUUUCCCUCCCUGAAAUCCACCUCUACGGCGGCACAGUCUCCUCCAAGCUCAUCUCACCGCCACCGCCCAACACCCUGCGUCCCUACCUUGCCUUCUUCGCCGGCGGCCUGCACGGCCCGAUAAGGCCCAUCCUCCUGGCUCACUGGAAAAACCGCGACAAAGACCUUCAAAUUCAUGAAUACCUCCCCAAAGGCCUAGACUACGACUCUAUGGUGCUCAAGUCCAAGUUUUGCCUGUGCCCUAGCGGGUAUGAAGUGGCCAGCCCUAGAAUUGUUGAGGCCAUUUAUGCCGAGUGCGUGCCGGUGAUUCUAUCGGAGCACUAUGCGCUUCCGUUUAGCGACGUGCUGAGGUGGGAGGCGUUUUCGGUUAAGGUUGAGGUUUCGGAGAUUUCGCGGCUGAAGGAGGUGCUGAUGGGUGUUCCGGAGGAGAAGUAUAGGAGGCUGGUGGAGAAUUUGAGGGUUGUGAGGAAACAUUUUGAGUUGAACCAACCGGCUAAGAGGUUUGAUGUAUUUCAUAUGAUACUGCACUCCAUUUGGCUUAGGAGAAUUAACCUUAGAAUUGCCUAGAUAAUUAUCUUCUUUUGUUUGUAGUUAAUUUAUACAUACAGAAAUGAGUGCAACUUUUAAUCAGUAUUACUAGCUA